CUUGUGUCACUCCAACAAGUUUAUAUAAGAGGAGCAGUAGAGCUUCUUCCGCUCUGCAGCACCGCAGCCCAUUACACCUCCUCUUCUUUGACAUGGAGCCUGCGUGGGAUGAGAAGAGCAGGGUGGAGAAGUCACAGGACGAUGAGGAGAAGUGGGUGUGUGACUCCUCUGUGGAUCACAAAGGAAGGGUUCCUCGCAGAGCCUCCACUGGAUGUUGGAAGGCAUCCCUGUUCAUCAUAGCGAUUGAGUUCGGUGAGAGGCUGUGCUACUUCGGACUGGCCACAAAUCUCAUCAUCUACCUCACCAGGGUGCUGCACCAGGAACUGAAGACGGCGGCCAAGAACGUCAAUUACUGGAGCGGCGUCACCUCGAUGAUGCCCCUCGUUGGUGGAUUCGUGGCCGAUGCGUACUUGGGCAGAUUCUCCACCGUUCUCCUCUCCACCCUCAUCUACAUCGGGGGUCUCGGCCUGUUAACCAUGUCGCAGACGGUCCCGCGGCUGAAGCCAUGCGACGCGAGCGGCGCCUGCGGCCGAUCACUGCGACUCCACAAGGUCAUCUUCUUCGUGGCCAUGUACCUGAUCUCGGGGGGCACCGGCGGCCACAAGCCGUCGCUCGAGAGCUUCGGCGCCGACCAGUUCGACGACAACCACGCGGAGGAGCGGAAGCAGAAGAUGUCCUACUUCAACUGGUGGAGCUUCGCCCUCUGCAGCGGGCUGACGCUGGGGGUCACCGUCGUCGUCUACGUCCAGGACGCCGUCAGCUGGUGGCUGGCCGACGUCGUGCUCACCGCCGUCAUGUGUUUCUGCUUCGUGGUCUUCCUGGCGGGCAGGCCGUUCUACCGCUACCGAGCGCCGGAGGGCAGCCCAUUCACGCCCAUGCUGCAGGUUGUGGUGGCGGCCAUGGCCAAAAGACACCUUCCUCUCCCUUCGGAUGCUGCAGAACUCUACGAGGUUCCCAAAACGCUACCGCUGCAGAGCGAUAAGAGGCUCCUCUGUCACACUAGCAAACUAAGAUUUCUCGACAAAGCUGCCAUCGUCGAGCACAAGGAUGAUGAGGAAGCCUUCGCCACGGAGAAGCUGAACCCAUGGCGACUAGCGACGGUGACCCAAGUGGAGGAGCUGAAGCUAAUACUGGCCAUGGUGCCCAUAUGGCUAACCGCGCUACCCUUAGGCAUCUGCAUCAGCCAAACCGCCACCUUCUUCAUCAAGCAAGCGAGCACCAUGAACAGAUCAUUGGGCGGCAGCUUCGAGAUCCCGGCCGCCUCGGUCUACGCCUUCAGCGCCAUCGCCAUGAUCAUCUCCGUCACCUUCUACGACACGAUCCUGGAGCCCUCCCUGAGAAGAGCCACCGGGAGGGAGCGGGGCAUCAGCAUCCUCAAGAGGAUCGGAAUCGGCUUUGCGUUCUCCGUCGCCGCAAUGGUCUCCGCCGCCCUGGUGGAAAGGAAGAGACUGCGUGUGGCGGAAGCGGAGCAAAGCAGCGUCAUCUCCAUGAGCGUCUUCUGGUUGGUGCCACAGUUCAUGAUCAUGGGGUUCGGUGAUGGGUUCGCACUGGUGGGCAUGCAGGAGUACUUCUACGAUCAAGUCCCCGACGGCAUGAGGAGCUUAGGGAUCGGCUUCUACCUCAGCGUCUUCGGGGUGUCCAACUUCCUCAGCAGUCUCUUGAUCACGGUGGUGGAUCACAUCACCUCCAGGGGAGAGAAGGGGAGUUGGUUCGCCAAGGACUUGAUCAGGAGCCGCUUGGACUGCUACUACUGGUUGAUUUCCGCCAUGAGUGCGGUGAAUCUGUGUGGCUACGUCUACAUCGCGACGCGGUAUUCGUACAAGAGAGUGCAGAGGAAGGUGGGCGUCGUUAAUUCCCCUGAAGCGGAUGUCUAAAUGAACCGUUCACAGUUUGCUACCGGACACGUUAAGUAAUGCCAUUAGAUAUAGAGGUAGUAUGUGUGCUAUGUUAUUUUCAUUGUGCAAUACGACUUUCUACUCACUCGCACCACUGGCUUAGGGUUUGACAUUGACGCAGAUAGGGCCUUCGAGAAGCUGACUUUGAUUCCAUAGAAAGUUGAUCAUGAUAGAUUGGCCUUAAAUGACUUUUUUGAUUUAUUGUCUGUACCCAUGUAAAGUUCAAGCACUUGCAACUAUGCCAUUGUAAUUAAUCUGCAUCAUUAGCAAUAAUAACUUCCAAACUUAGAUUGGCA